ACGUUGUUGAUUUUCCUUCGCGUCCAAACGCAUUGAUUCGGCUCCCGAGUCUUGAGCUUCCUCGCGGCUCAAGGCCAUUUCUAGCUCCCCAAAUUCAAUUUCAAACCAAACCCUAACGAUCUCGAUUUUGCAAUUCCCCAUAUCGUCCGUUCCCUUUUCCCGGCUGUAGCUUCUACUCUCAAUUCCACCCACCCUUCUCCGAUUUUCUGUUGGUUUCUGGGUUAAUGGAGUUUCUCAGAUUUUUGGGUUUCCUGAAUCGACUUUGCUAGUUACCGAAGCCACACUGUACCAAAUCUUCAUCUUGCUAUUCAAAAUCAUAGAAAUGGCCAUUCGAGUUACCUUCAGCUUCUCUGGCUAUGUUGCCCAAAACCUUGUCUCCUCCGCCGGCCUUCGGGUCGGCAGUUGCCGCGCCGUUAACGAGUGUUGGAUCCGGUCUCGGAUAUUUGGUCACAACCAGAAAUCCGAGCUCGACCCAUCCAACUCGGUGCGCAAUUACCGAUCCGAUGUCCGACGGCAGAAGCCGAAUAACUGCUGGGGAAAGAAUUCGGCUUCUUUGUACUCCACUCUCGCCGGGGAGAUUCUUGGUGAUAAUUGCAAAAGCCCGAUUGUGCUGGGCUUGUUUUCGCUGAUGAAGUCGACGGCCUGUGCGUCGGGUACAUCGGCCACGGCACUCGGCGUUUUCAGUAUUUCGCCUAUUAAGGCGACGUCGGUUUUGCCCUUCUUACAGGGAUCGAAGUGGCUUCCUUGCAGUAACGAGUCGGCUAGUGGGCUUGUGGAUAAUGGUGGAACACAGUGUUGUGAGGUUGUGGAGACUGAGAGUUCGGAGUUUAAACACAAGGCGUUGGAGAAAAGCGGUUGGUUGUCGAGGAUAUUGAAUUUCUGUUCAGAGGAUGCCAAAGCUGUGUUCACUGCUGUGACUGUGAGCGUGUUGUUCCGAUCGUUCUUGGCGGAGCCUAGGUCAAUCCCGUCCUCUUCUAUGUACCCUACCCUGGAUGUGGGCGACCGUAUUUUAGCCGAGAAGGUUUCAUACAUUUUCAGGAAGCCUGAAGUUUCGGAUAUAGUAAUUUUUAAGGCACCUCAAAUCUUACAGGAAGUUGGGUUUAGUUCAGGCGAUGUGUUCAUCAAAAGAGUGGUGGCAAAGGCUGGAGACUAUGUUGAAGUACGUGAUGGGAAAUUAUAUGUUAAUGGUGUUGUUCCAGAUGAAAAUUUCGUUUUGGAGCCACUUUCUUAUGAAAUGGAUCCAGUGCUAGUUCCUGAAGGUUAUGUCUUUGUGAUGGGAGACAAUCGCAACAACAGUUUUGACUCUCACAACUGGGGUCCACUUCCAAUAAAAAACAUUGUAGGUAGAUCGGUGUUUCGGUAUUGGCCUCCAUCCAAGGUAUCAGACACCUUACACGAACCUCAUGUGGGAAGGGAUGUUGAAGCAUUUUCUUGACAUACUGCCCUCUGCCUGAAGGAGGAGAUAUUUAGUGACAUCUAUUUCAUCAAGAUGGUGAUUCAAGAAAUUGUUUUUUCGUUCUUUUACCUCAUUAUUGAGGAGUCGUGAAUAUUCAGCCUUUCCUCAUCAUAAUGCCUGGUUAACUUGGAUUGGUUCUUUAUGGGCACCUUGUCCAUUGAUCUCCAUUUUGAUGGUCCAUCUGCGGCCAUUGAUACAUUCGUUAUGUAAUGACUUGUUUAAACCUUUUUUUAACAAAGUGGUGGGAAGAAAGGAGUGAAGAGAAAGACAUAUCAUCUAGGUUUUCUCUGAAUAUGCAUUUAUAUUAUCUGUUGGGGAGUUGAAUGCACUUUUACUAGUUGAGGAGUCGAAGGAUUGGGGCCUGAUGCUGCUAUCCACUUGAAUGCUGCGGUUCCAAAGUCUCCAUCUUUUCUGGUUAAAGUUCCCCUGAUGGUGCAUUGGUGAAGUAAGGGAGGGCAGGCAGGCAGGCAGGCAGGCAGGCAGGCAGAUUAUCUACGCUGUUGGGGAACGAGCUAUCCUUCUCUCCUCUUAAAAAAUGUCCUUGGCUGGCUGGUCGGUUGUUCUCAGUGCUUGCAAUUUCCCCUUGUUAUAUCUAUGUUGUGGGUCGAGACCAAGUUUGUAAUCAAUGACUAUUUUUUUGUUGUUUCUAUCAACUUUUGCUGCAGUAAUUUUGCCUUGUCCAUUUUUGGUGGAGCAGGCCUCAAUGUUGCUGUGUGGCUUUGUCCAUAAAAAAGGACAGGAAGAUAUUCAAUCAUUUGGUUUCAUUA